AUGGAUGAGGAGGGACAAAACGAAGCUGCGGUUCGGGCGCUUCUCCGGCACAGAAGUCCUACAUUUAACAAGGAAGAAGUGAAAGCGUUAUUUAGUAUUGUCGAUAAAUAUAAGGCUAUAAUUUUUAACAAAUCAACUACUGCUGUUGCUUGCCGUGCGAGAGAGGUGGCUUGGUUGAAAAUAGCUAAAGAAUUUAAUAGACAAGGGAUCUGUUAUAAAAGGACGGCUGAUUGUUUAAGAAUAAAAUGGGAUAAUAUGAAGAAGAGGGCCAGAAUGGCAAUGUCGAAAAAUUUAAUGGACUUAGGGCAAAAUGAGUUUGAUGAGACGACCAGUCAAAUGGUGGCCAUGAUGUGUGAGGUGGAGAACAACGCAGGUAAUGUGGAAGACCCCGUGGAGUCUGGUGAAGACUUGAAUGUUUCAGAAAACGAAAAUCAAAAAGAAUCAAAUGAUGGACCUUGGAAUGACAAUGAAGACAAGGAUUCUAAUGAUUCUUCAAUUGAUGGUGGUAAUGAAAGAUUUGUAAGCCGAUCAAUAAACUUCUCACCGGAAGAAUGUAAUUUGCUACUGCAAUGUGUGAGGCAGGAGAAGAACAUUGUAUUAUCAAAGACAAACACAGCAGGUUUUAAUAAAAUGAGGAAUCGGGCUUGGGAACGUAUAUCAAGUUCAUACAAUAAACUGAGUCCUCAAAAGCGUUCCACAAAAGUGCUCAGAACCAAGUUUUCUAACAUGAGGAAAAUGGUUAAAAGUAAUAAUAUCAAAGCCUAUUUCAAGGAAUUUGCAAAGAAAAGGCAGACGUUUGAAGAAUCUGGUAGUAAAAUAAAAUCGGAGCCUAUAUAUGAGUGUCGGAGCAGCCUGGAUGCUGACAACGACAGUGACCUGGACGACCAGAUGGAAGCUGACAAUAAAUCCACCACCAGUGAUGCUGAAGUCAAUACCACCCUAGAUCCACUCAGCACUGUACUGAAUACUGACCUAGGUUUAAGUUCCAUUAGCCAAUUAGAAAAUAAGGAAAUAGUGAAGUUAAAAAUAGAUUUAUUGAACUACAAACUAGAAACUGCCAAGUUGAAGAGAAAAAGGAUAGAGGAUUUAAUGCAAGCGGAUGCGGCUGAACGUGAGUCAAAAGCUAGAGAGAGUGCUUUGAAGUUAAGAGCAGCAAGGCUAGAAGCCGUUGCAGCAGAAAUGAAGUUCCCUCCAAGCCAUCCCGCCCUCUCAUAUACAGCCGAAGAAACAAGAGCACAACACUACCUACACCAGUACCACACCAGUUGA